AGACUUUUGGCUGACAUGGGCAAUGGAAUAAACAAGGUCCUGCCUGAUCUUUAUCUUGGAAAUAUCAAAGAUGCACGAGAUAAGGAGCUGUUGGCACAGCACAACAUUACCCACAUACUGUCAAUCCAUGACACAGCUGCACCCAUCCUGGAGGAUAUGACGUACCUGUGUAUAUCUGCUGCUGACCACUCUAAGCAAAACCUGACUCAGUACUUUAGAGACAGCAUCAUGUUUAUCCACGAGUCCCGGCUCAAAGGAGAGGGCUGCCUCGUCCACUGUGUUGCAGGAGUGUCCCGCAGUGUGACUCUGGUGGUGGCUUACAUCAUGACGGUGACGGGUCGUGGCUGGGUGGAGUCCCUGGCGGCGGUGAGGGCGGCUCGGCCGUGUGCGGGGCCGAACCUGGGCUUCCUCCGGCAGCUGGAGGAGUUUGAAAACACAGAACUGACUGAAUAUCAGGCCUGGUGGAAGGAGCGAUACGGGAAGAACUCUUUCAAUGAUAACAAGGAGGUGGAAACGCUUUUAAGUCAGAAAUCUAACAGCGGCCGCAGCGGCGAUGGCGUAACGACCAGCAACGCUCCUGCGCUGGGCACCAGUGGCUCCUGA